CCGAUCAAAGUUUUGUGUUGAAUUUCACUUGACCAAAUUAAGUUUUAAUAUCAAACAAUUUAUAAAAUGGCUUGUCUAAAUCAGUUUUAUACUAAACAAAUUUUAAUUUUUGUUUUGGUUGGUUAUUUAUUCCAAGUCAGCAAUGGUCGCGCGGCAUCCGAUCAGCUACUCGAUCAACAACUUGAUCAGCAACUCGAUCAGCAACUCGAUCAGCUGCAGACAGUUUCAGUGGAUGUUCCUAACGCGAAAAAUAUUUUUCGCGAUUGGGCUAACAAGGCAAAGUUGAUGGCAAAACGUUUUGUCUCAGCGUACAUGGAUUCGACGGAUCCGAAUUUCGAAAAGAACGCGAAAGAGUUCUUAAAUAAAAUUAACGAAACAGCCGUAAAUUUUGGCACCAAAACCGCAAAAAGAAUAGAAAAAAUCUUGGAGGACGGCAAUCGCAAUUGGUCGAAGCUAAUGAACAGAAUUUUCAAACCUCUUGAUUAGUUACUGAUACAACUGGUUAUAAAAUCACGAACUAUGUACUUUAAUGACAAAUCAAAACAAUAAUAGUUAAAAAAAAUAAAUUGUAGUAAUAAGGACGAACAUAGCUUGUCCUUAAAUUUUCUCACAUCAUAUUAUGUAAUAUUGUGCUGCUAAUUAAUUUGUCUAAA